CACUGACAAAGCACAAAUUUCUGGAGAUACCACCCAGAGCAGUAUGGCCCACAAAGAUGCCUACUCCGCCCUGAUGAAGGGUGUUGAGGAGCUGGACUGCCGGGGACCGGCUGUGCCCGGUGACCUGGUGCUGAUCGGUGACCAUGCCUUCCCCCUGGCCAUGAACCCUCGGGGUCAGGUCCUGAUGGCAGCUUCCAGAUAUAGCCAGGGUCGCAUUGUGGUGCUGGGUCAUGAGGCCUUCCUCACCACCUUUCCCGUCGUGGUGGAGAACGCCCUGACCUGGCUGAAGCCCUCCACUGACGCCCAGGUGGGAAUCCACUCAGCCUACAGUGCUGUGGCCCAUAACCUGUGCUACACCAGCAUCCGGGCAGAGGUAGGGGGCUUCCACAGUGGGCUGGGUGUUUAUGUCACUGAUGCCUACAGUGUGGGCCCCACUGCAAAGGAGCUCGUGGCCUUUCUGAAGGAAGGGGGUGGUCUGCUUGUUGCUGGUCAAGCUUGGAGCUGGGCCAUGGAUCACCCUAAGGAGAACGCCCUGCUGGGCUUCCCAGGGAACAAGGUGUGCAGUGUGGCUGGGAUCUACUUCUCUGAACACCCAGGGGAGCUGGGCGUGUUCCCCGUGCCCAGGCAGAUCCCUUCCAGCUGGCUGGCAGUGUCGAUUGACAAGGACUUCCAGGACGACCUGGAGUUCCUGCUGCAGGGGGUGUCUGAGUUUGACAUCCAGGGUGGGGCAGUACCCUCGGAGGUCCUAGUGCAUGGUCCCUUAGCUUUCCCCAUCGCCACCACCAAUGAUGGCAGGGCCUUCAUCGCUGGAUCCUACUAUGGGCAAGGUCGUGUCAUCGUUACCACCCACGAGGGCUACCUGGGACGCCAGGCUCUGGCUCCUUUCCUGAUCAAUGCAGUGCACUGGCUGGAUGAGGGCCGGCAUGGGACGGUAGGUGUCCUUCCUCAGCUCAAUGGAGCCCACGCCCUCCUGAGCCAGUCUGGCCUCACCUGUGAGAAGACAGGGUUCAAACAGGGGCUGAGUGUUUAUGUCUGCACCUCAUACAGUGAUGCUCAUGCCGCUGACAUCCAGGAGUUUGUGGCUGAGGGUGGGGGUCUUCUCAUUGGAGGCCAUGCCUGGUACUGGGCACAAACCCAGAGUGGCCGCAAUGCCAUGACUGAGUACCCUGGCAACCACAUCCUUAACAAGAUGGGCUUUAGCAUCCUGGGGGCCACCUUAAAUGCAGGCCUAUAUCCAGCCCCACAGCCCGCGAAGGCCUGCUCUGAGGCCUAUCACUUCCGAAGAAUGCUGCAGAACUUUACGGGUCAUGUGACCUGUGGGCAGAAGCUGACAGAGCACGAGCAGGCCUGCCUGAAGCGGCUGGGUGGGGACUGUGCAACCUACCUGCGUAUGCAAGCCCAUGACUGCCCUUCCUAUAACUCCAUCCUCAACACACUCACCAACAUGGUAAAGAAGGCCGGUGUACCGCAAGUCUGUGCCAGCUGCCCUGUGGAGAACUCUAAGGACCACCUCCUUCUCCACGUGGGCACUGAGGUGUACAAGGCAUCCCCCAAUCCAGACGACCUCCUGCCCUACAUCAUCAAGGACAGGCCCAACCUGCCCACAGUCCCCAAUGCCAGGGUCCAAAUCCACGGCAACACUGCAGGCAGUGAGGAGUGGAAGAGCACUGGCCUGUACCUCUCUCCUGGCAUGAAGACACACAUGGCAAUCCCCUCCCAAAUCGUCGGAAAAGGCUGGAAAGUGCAGAUCGGCUGCCAGACAGACUAUGUUGGCAACGCAGCUCAACUGAAGAGGGCACCAGUGGUACAUGAGCGAUUCCCCAUAGAGUCAGAGAUGAUUCAGGUCUCAAAUUUGUGGGGUGGACUGAUCUACCUGGUGGCUCCGCCCAAUUGCCAGGUGGGAGAGCUGGAGGUCGUUGUGGAAAGAGCCAUCUGUGCACCAUACUACAAGUCUGGGGAGACCAGUGUGGCGGACUGGGUUGGGGGGAUCCGUCAUGCUCCUGCUCCCUGGGCAGAGAUGGAGUUUGAAAACAUCAUCAUGACAGUACCAUCAGAGGUGGUGCGCAAAGUCAAACAGCCAGAUGAGGUGGCAAAGCUCUGGGACAGCAUCAUGAGGAGUAUUGCGGAGCUGGCCGCCAUCCCCGCUAAGUUCCCACGCAAGGAGCGCUAUGUUGCAGAUGUGCAGAUCUCCCAUGGUUUCAUGCAUGCAGGAUACCCAGUCAUGAUGCAUUCGUCCUCAGCCCCCAGCUUGGUGGACCCAAAGCUGGCUCGCAAGAGUGGGCUCUGGGGGGCCAUCCACGAGCUGGGCCACAACCAGCAGCGGGGUGCCUGGGAGUUCCCACCGCACACCACAGAGUGCACCUGCAACCUGUGGUCCAUCUAUGUGCACGAGACCGUGCUGGGCAUGGGACGGGCCCAGGCACAUGAGGCUAUCACCCCUUGCAGCCGGAAGAAGAGGAUCGAACAGUUUCUGCAGGGUGGGAGGACGCUGGGCAGUUGGAACGUCUGGACAGCGCUGGAGACCUACAUGCAGCUCCAGGAGAAGUUUGGCUGGGAGGCGUUCAAGAAGGUCUUUGCUGCCUACCAUCACAUGAAGAACGUGCCCAAUGACAACAAGGGCAAGAUGAACCUGUAUGCUGAGACCUUCUCCCGCACAGUCAACAGAAAUCUGGUGCCCUUCUUCAAGUCCUGGAGCUGGCCCAUUGAGCCUGAGCUGGAGAAGAAGCUGGCAGACCUGCCUGAGUGGAAUGACCACCCCAUGGCUAAGUUUUCCUGAGCACUGCUGAAGAAGCCAUCAACCAAAGACUCCUGCCAUCGUUGCAGUGGCCUGGAAAGCUGACCCAUUAUUGCACCUGUUGCCUUCAGCAAUCAGUGGACUCUAAAUUCACCUUCCCCUUGUUUUCUUUUCUCCGUUACAAACUGUGCUGCACAUCCUAAAAACCUCCCUCUUUGGUGGCACUUCCUUACACAUAGACUUUUUCUGGGCUACCUGUGUAUGCACUUUGAACUGUCUCUUAAUAUACUUGUUUACCUAUUAUUGAUCUUAAUAAUGUAAUAAUAAUAAUAUUAAUAAUUAUGUUACUAUGAUCAUAAAUCAUGCUAACAUACAUUAUUAUCAUUUGUUACAUACAUCUAACUUAUGAUUAUCAACACAGUACAACAUUUUUAUAUGUGAUAUUUAUCCAGGUGUAUUCAUUUUAGGCCCGUGUUACCUGUGCCUUUGCUUCAUAAUGCAUAUGAGGGCAAUUGUUGUUCUUCUCAGUUUAAGCCUUGUUGUUUUACACUUAGAGAUCCGAUGCAGUGAUUGUAAAAUCUGGGUGCCUCCCAGAGUCCCAGUGCAUCUGUUCUAAUUUAGCAAGCCACACAAGUAGAGUAAAGCCAGCCAACAAUUCUCCUGGAAAAACAACUUAGCCAUUAAUUACUGUAAACAAAAGGCAACAAAUGAAGAAUUCACUUUUAAUUCUGUCUGUCCUCUACAACAUAGAAAGAUAGAAACAAGAUAUGA